AUCCAAACCAAUCUCUCUCUCUCUCUCUCUCUCAUCCCUCCAAUUGGGUUUCUUUCAAGAUUCUUGAAUUUUUCCAACUGUUUCUUUGAAACUUCUUUCUCUUUUCUCUGCCGUUUUGCUCUUCUUUCUUUUUAUCUUUUUAAUUUAAAUCUCUCUCUCCCCUACAAGAAGGAAGAGGAGAGAGAAAGAGAUGAAUCCGAACUGGGAACUGAAGAAUUGUUGUCAGCAUGAACAAGUUAUGUUUCUUGCCACCAUUGGCGUCUUCACUCUUGUUAUUCUUGCUCUAUGGAGGACGUUUCUGCUAACACCUUUUAAGCUGAUCACCGUAUUUCUUCACGAAGCAAGCCAUGCGAUUGCUUGUAAGCUUACAUGUGGAGAGGUAGAAGGGAUCGAGGUUCAUGCAAAUGAAGGCGGAGUCACUCGUACACGUGGCGGUAUAUACUGGUUGAUCUUGCCAGCUGGAUAUCUCGGUUCGUCAUUUUGGGGCAUGGUUCUCAUACUUGCAUCGACAAAUCUUCUCGCUGCUAAAAUUGCUUCUGGUUGUCUUAUCCUUUCGCUUCUUAUUGUUCUCUUCAUCGCCAAAAACUGGACUCUCCGAGGACUUUGUAUCGGAUUUAUCGUUUUUAUAGCUCUUGUUUGGGUGUUGCAAGAAAUGACUAAAGUUCGUAUACUUCGCUACAUUAUUCUAUUCAUCGGUGUAAUGAAUAGUUUGUUUUCAGUCUACGAUAUAUAUGACGAUUUGAUAUCCCGAAGAGUUAACUCGAGCGAUGCAGAGAAGUUUGCCGAACUUUGCCCCUGCCCUUGUAAUGGACUUGCAUGGGGAGUUAUCUGGGGAAUGAUAUCUUUCGUAUUUCUUUGUGGAUCAAUAUAUCUUGGACUUGUCAUCUUGUCUUGAGGGUUGAAUGUGUCAAGACUCAAGACUGUGAGAUAGCAAUAUUUUCUUCAAUUGUUUCCAUUUAUUUUGUUAUUUAGAUAGUUUUUCAUGUAAAUACACUUUAUUUAUUUAUACACAUAAAAUUCAUUUUUUCACCUUUAAAUGGAUUUUGAUCUAUUAAUGAUUGAAAAUUU